AUGGAUAAGUUUCUCAUCAAGUUACCAAAGCCAAAAGAUGGUCAACCAAGUUCUAGCUCUAAUCAACCAUUUGUGAGUUCACAAGUUGCUCCGAAAGUUCAAAGACAUACAAAUUCUUUUCCACUUUCAAAUAUGGAUAAUAUGCUUGAUUUUAAAUCUCUUGAAGCAGAUCCCAAAGAUCAAAUGCCUAUUUCAUCUUAUGGUCCUAAUAUUCGAGAUGCGAAUGAACUUGAAAGUCGUGGAAAUGCCGGAGAUUCAUUUACAAGAGAUGGUUUUAGGUGUUGGAACAAAGCUUUAAAAAGAUUCAAAAAACAUGUUGGUAAGCAAAGUGAAAAGGUUAGAAGUGAUUAUCGGAUGCGUUUAAAUGCCUCAAUUGAUGUAGCAAGAUUUCUCUUGACAUCGGGAUUUCCAUUUCGUGGACAUGAUGAAAGUGAAGGUUCCGAAUAUAAGGGUGCUUUUCUUGAACUUUUGAAAUGGUAUGGGGAUAGAAGUUUUGAUGUGGGAAGAGUAAUAUUAGGUAAUGCUCCACAAAAUGAUAUGAUGAUUUGUCCGACAAUUCAAAAAGAUAUUGUGGAGGCUUGUGCUAAAGAAACAACUAAGGCUAUCAGUGAAGACUUGGACGGUGAUUAUUUUGGAAUAUUAGUUGAUGAAUCAAAGGAUGUUUCUCAUAAGGAGCAAAUGACUCUAAUUUUGAGAUAUGUCAACAGAAGUGGAAUGGUGAUAGAGCGAUUCUUGGGUAUUGUCCACGUAAAUGAUACAUCUCAAUCAUUUAAAAAGGCAAUUUAUUCUUUGCUUUUGGAUCACUCAUUAUGUACAUCCAAAAUACGUGGUCAAGGUUAUGAUGGGGCUAGUAAUAUGCAAGGGGAAAUAAAUGGUCUCAAGUCUUUGAUUUUACAAGAUACGUCAUCUGCAUAUUCUAUUCACUGUUUUGCUCACCAAUUGCAAUUGGCACUUGUAGGUCUUUCCAAAAAGAACUCGGAUGUGGAUAAUUUUUUUUAUGUUCUCACUAAUAUUUUGAAUACUAUUGGAGCUUCAUUUAAACGCAGAGAUUCACUUCGACAACAUCAAGAAGAUAAGUUGGAAGAGUUGCUUAAAUUUGGAGAAGUUCAUACAGGGCAAGGUUUGAAUCAAGAACGUGGCCUCCAACGACCGGGUGAUAUUCGUUGGGGAUCUCAUUUUAAAACCUUGGACAAUUUCCUGAUUCUUUUUUCUUCAAUUGUUAAUGUGCUUAAGGAUAUGAAACCUGAUUGUCCAUAUCAUCUUGAUAAAUUUGCGGUGGAAAAUCUUUUGAGCAAGAUUCAUGAAUUGAAUUUGUCUUUACGUUGCACUUGA